CAUGUUGGGGCAUGUGACGCGACAGACCUACGAAAAAGGCCGCAGUGGCCGCUCUCACUGCUCUCAGGUGCUUUCAGGUUCCUUUCUGGUGAAAGUGUGAAACCGAGUCUUAUACUUUCUUUGUGUUGAUCGGUUGAUAUUGCCAAGUAAUCAGUGAAUAAUAAACACCGCUAAAAGUUCCGAUACCUAAUCUAUAUGUUUCAACAAAAAGUUUUUGACAUUUUGAUAAUAUGUUAUAUUGCUCGAGUGCAUUUAUGAAUUUAUAAUUAUCAAUUAUUAAACCCACGUAAAUGUAACAAUUACGAAAUUAUUUGUGAUACAACAAGAUGAUUUUAACUACGAAAACCUAAGAAUAUCUAUCUUAUGUGAAAAUCUUAUAGUAAAUAUAGUAAAUAUAGUUUUCUUGGGUUUUAUAUAUAGAAAUUUACAGUAGUAUGUCAAAUCUAACUCUACACGUGCCAAUGGCAGAACCAGAAAAUAUAAGCACAUUGGAAUGGACACGUCCUGAUCAAGUAAUGCAGCUGCAUCGUAUGAAAUUAAAGAAACGUGCACUUCAAGCACGUAUAAAUAAAAUGACUACUAUUGACACACAACAAACCACUACAAAUUUAGAUGUGCUUAACUCUAGUAAUAAUAUAUUGCAAUGUAUAUCUUACUGUCAGAAGCGUAAGAAUCCUUUUGCCAUUAAUGAAACAUGCAAGAAAAAAAAGAAUAUAACAUCAGCUGGAUUAGAGAUUAGUAACGAUAACACAUUAUUUGAAUUACUAAAUAUCAAUACACAACGAGAGAAAUUGACAGAUGUAUCUAUAAAGGAUUCCUUAACUUUUACUAAUGUUCUUUCAAAAUUAGAUUACACUAGUCAGACUUCAGAUAUAAAUGUCUCAAAGGGCGCAAAGUAUAUUCCUAUAGAUUGGACAUUGAAAACUAUAAUAAAGUUUAUGUCUCCAAAGCCUUUUCCAUGGACUAGCAAGCUCAAGACAAGUGAAGAAGCAUCAGGUACCACAGGCUUUGUGAGAUGUUUAAAUAUUGGAGAGAAAGAGACAACUUUGGAUACUAGUCCGAAUGCAAGGUUUCAUCAAUGCUGUUUAACAUGGCAACAUCCAUCUUUACCAUGGUUAGAAUUAUUUCCUCGCUCUGCUGGCAAAGUGAGCUCAUCUCUUGCAAAUAACGCAUUGAUAAUAAAUAAUCAAAAUAUGAAAGAUGCGUUGUAUCGAGAAUGGUGUGACAGCUUCAGAUCCUUGUUUCAUUUAUUGCGGGCGAGACAAUGUCCAUACUUUUAUGUAUGCGCAAAUACAUUUACAGUGCUUUUCCGUGCCGCCGGUAUCUGUGGAUUGUCAGAGAUUCAUGCUCUUGUCACACCUACAACACGUGGAUUCCGUCACUUAUUAAAACAAGAAGAAAUAGAAUAUUCUAUGCCUUUAAGGAAGGAUUCCAAAAAACGAUUUGAUGUGACAGAUUCUGACUCUAAGACGGCAUAUGCUGUUUUCAAUAUUGUCGAUUGUCAGCAAGAAAAUGAUAAUUAUGAAAAAGAAGAUGAAGAAACUCAAGAUGCAUGGCUCGAGAGUCUUGGGGUAGAAAAUUCAGAAAUUAAGAAAAUUAAUUACAACUCACAGACGAGAAUGACUUUGGAAAAAGAAAGCGAAGUGGAUAGUUUGAGUCAGUCUCUUGUAUUCGUAAAAGGUGUGGAGACGCAGGCGUUGUUUAACUUCCUAAUUAAUUGUAAAUCAGCUAUUGCAGUGACAGGUGCGUUAGCUGGUGUUCCUCCUACACUCUUGGCUCCGACGGCUUUCCAUGGUGCUACAUUAAAACCAUUCAAGAUUCGAGAAAGUAUAGUGCGUGAUAAUAACGACAAAUACUAUUCUCUCGAAUUGAAAGGACCCCUUUUGCCACAUGUGUUACCUUCUCUCUGUCAUUUAAUGAAAUCCAGUCAAUUGGAGCAAUAUUCAGCAAGCUGUGCACAGUUGAUCACAACAAGUUCGUUUUCCGCUGCGAAGCAUGGUAUAGACUACGCGAUUGUCACAAGAGGAGAAAAUCACGAUACCACAAUACCACUUAACGUUUUUGGACAAGAAAAUCUGAGCGAUUGUGGAUUCAACGAAGAAUUAUUGAGCCACUUUUGCAGUCCCGAUCCAGCUAGGAUAGUGGUUUUGGAUAGUCUCAAAUUUUAUAAGGGAUUAUAUACAUGGUCAUGAUGGUACAGAUAUGCAGUUUAGAAAAAAAUAUGUCACCUUCAAGUACAGACUUUUGCAAGACUCAUAAAGAUUAAUUUAAAAGAAAGUAAUCUUUUCUUGUCCUCGUUAUAGCAAUUAAAUCAUUGGACGACACAUAACGUUUGGUAACAAAAUAUCGUUAUGUUUAUAAAAGUAAAGGAAUGCCUAACGUUAUAUCUAAUAUAAUGACGAAUGUUUAAUAUAAUUACAUUUACAUACGCAAAUUACAUUUACAUACGCGUAAAUUACAUGUAAACUUUAUACAUUUAUUGACGUAUUAUUUAGUGUAUUGUAAUUUAAAUUACGAGAUGUAUAUAUCAUGUGAAAUAAGACUACGAACAUUAUUGACACCAAAUAACAAUGUUUUCAAUUAACCAUUGUAAUAUUGCAAUCGCAUAAUAAUAACUUUUUAGAUUAUAGUAAUAUUUUAUGUUUUAUCGCGAUAUAUAUAUAGAUUUGUUUUGUUUUUUAACUGAUACACUUUUAAAAAAAUUAAUCGAUUAAUUGAACCUAAAAACAUCGAGUGAAUAAUCAAUUUUGAAAUAAAAAAAGCAUCAAUAUUUGAUUAAUCGAGCGAUCUUUAUUGUCAAUUUGUGAACACCCAAGGUACAUACUCAAGAGUACACUUUGACACAGAUAACAAAAAAUACGCUGUGCAACACGUGUGGAUUGGCUUUUUCCAUUCGUGCAAGUGAUUCGUCAUAUUCGCCUUCACUUCGAUUCGUACACUUUCGAUUCGUUUACUUCUCUCGUGCUGAAAAAGCCGACCUUCUGCACUUGUUACGCAAUGUAUUGUUUUAUAUUAUUUCUAAUCAGAACUUUGUAUUAAGGGAUAAUCCACACCUGAGGUCCUAAAAUAAUUAAAAUAAAUUCGGGAAUUUUUUGUGGGUAUAUGAAUAUAGCUUUAUUGAAAAAACAAAUAUAAACCAUUUUAUUAUAAACAUAUUAAAUUAUUUGAAAAAAUUUUUAUUUAUUUAUAAUUGUUUAAAAUGAUGGAGUAUUGGCACACUUCCGCAAAUACACUUUUUUUGAAGACAUCAUUUUGCGUGCAAGAUUUCUUUAAGAUGGUUUACUCUAGGACAAAAAUUCAAAAUUCUUAUUUUUAUUGAUUGUAGUUACAAAGUACGUAGCCGUUUUAAAAAAUACCUAUUUUUUUUAAUGGCAGCUAUUUUUAGGAAAAAGUACUUUGUUGUGUGAUGAAUAGAAGAUCAUGUUAAAAUUUUAAAUCAAUCAGAUAAAAAUUGUAAGAAUAGCGUUGCACGUAAAUUAAAAAACGUGCGUUUGCGGAAGCGUGACAGUAUGCCGCCAUUUUAAACAAUUAGAUAAAUAAAAAUUUUUUAAAAUAAUUUAGUAUGACUAUAAUAAAAUGGUUUAUACAUAUAUUUAUUUUUUCGGCUGUACUUCUGUAUAGGUCGAACCUUCGAUUUUUUAAAACCACUUAUUCUUAUGCAUACAUGCAUGCCAUGUACACACCCACUGAAGAAAAGAAGUUGUUAAUAUGACUAAAUUUUUGUAUACUUUUGUAAAACGUUUAUUAAUAUAAAAAAAUAAAAAUAAUUACAAAAAUUA